ACCACACGCUGCUUCUCCUCUGAAAGAUCAGGAGGAUUUUCUAUCUCUUAGAUGGCAGAGGAGCUCUUACUGGAAAAUGCUGCGAAGAUCAGCUCGAGUCUCACCAAGUCUCUGCUGGCGGCGGCUUUACUGGCAUCGUUUGGCAGCUCCCUGCUCUACGGAUUCAAUCUGGCUGUGGUCAAUUCUCCGGCAUUGUACAUCAAGAGCUUUUACAAUGAGACAUUCAUGGAAAAGUAUGAAUACUUCCCGGACGAGCAUCUGAUCACCAUCAUGUACUCACUGACAGUCUCCAUUUUUGCCAUCGGCGGCAUGUUUGGGGCUCUGUUAGUGGGCCGGCUGGUCACCAAAUUUGGACGGAAGGGAACACUGGUGAAAUCCACAGUACUGGUGUUUAUUGGAGGGGCUAUGAUGGGACUCAGCAGGACGUUCAGGAUGCCAUUGAUGGUCAUCGCCGGUCGCUUCAUUGUCGGUCUGCACUCAGGGAUCGGUCUCAGUGUGGUGCCCAUGUUCCUUGGUGAAAUUGCCCCCAAAAAUCUUCGUGGCUUCCUGUCUCUCAUUCCCAGCAUCCACAUCUGCCUGGGAGUCUUCAUUGCUCAGGUCUUAGGGCUGCAUGAGCUGCUUGGACAGGAGGAACACUGGCCUUUACUCCUUUCGCUUGUCGUGUUUCCCGCCAUUGUCCAGAUGUUACUGUUGCCAUGGUUUCCAGAAAGCCCUCGGUACCUGUUGAUAGAAAAAGGCAAUGCUCAUGCCACCAUCGAAGCCCUGAAGUGGUACCGAAACAACAGUAACCUCCAAGUCGAGGUGGAGGAAAUGCAGGAGGAGCAACGCUCGCUCAGCACCAUCCAGACCAUCUCAGUCUGGCGUCUCCUGAGAGACCGUUGUGUCCGCUGGCAGGUCCUCACCAUCAUAGUGCUCAACGUCGGCAUGCAGCUGUCUGGCAUUGAUGCGAUCUGGUUCUACACCAACGAUAUAUUCAGAGGAGCAGGGAUCCAGGAGUCUCAAAUUCAGUACACAACGGUGGGAACCGGAGCCAUCGAGGUCAUCUCAGGGAUGUUGGGUUGUUUCACAAUCGAUCGUGUCGGCCGCAGACCUCUGCUCAUUGGAGGCUUCCUCUUCAUGGGAAUCUGCUGCGCUGGGAUCACGGUCUCCGUCCUCUUCCAGGCUCAUGUCGCCUUCAUGCACUACAUCAGUGUGGGCUGUGUGGUCGGGAUCAUCGCUGGAUUCUGCAUCGGACCAGCCGGCGUCCCAUUCCUGAUCACCGCAGAGCUGUUCAAGCAGUCUCACCGGCCGGCAGCCUACACCGUGGCCGGCUGCCUCAACUGGUUGUCCAACUUCACCAUCGGCUUCGUCUUUCCCUUCCUGGAGAUUUCUUUAGGUCCUUACUGUUAUCUGAUCUUCUGCGGCAUCUGCCUCUCUGUGGCGCUUUACACCAUCUUCGUCAUUCCUGAGACCAAGAACAAGACCUUCAUGGAGAUCAGUCAGAUGUUUGCUACCAAGAACAAGAUGAGCGAAGACGACGUCAACGCCAACGGACAUCUUAAACUGUCUCAGAUGAACAUGAACGGCUACGGGAGUCUGGGUAUUCUACGUGAAAAGUGAGUGGGAGACAAAGACAAAAAACCACCAUGCGGCUGCGUCAUGUGACACCCGUGCGCAUGAUAGCGUACAAAAUAAAAUACAGUAAGGUUUGUAGCAAUGUAAACAGACAACAAAACCCAUUGUUUUUCCACAGCAGCGCGCCAGUCACAAGGUUGCAAGCGUUUCAAGCCUCUUGACGGGAAAUUAGCUCGGUGAAUCUGUCUCGGAUUUCUAACCUCUUCUCAUGACUCAUUGUUCUUGCCAGACAGUCCCUCACAUCGUUGGUCAGAUAUCUAUUAGUGACCAAAAGAACAAGCAGGCGGCGCCUCUUGUGGAGCACAGGAAUGGAAACGGCUUCAUUUUGUUUCAGUGGAUAAACUCUUCGUUCACAGAGUGUGUUUUUCAGUCAGGUGCUAUAUUUGUCUUUUAGCCGGCACUCAAGCUUGGGCCAAACUCCAGACUCAGAUUUAGUGCCAGGUCACACUCGGUCUCAUCAUCUCUCACAUUAGGGACGUUAAAAACAUCUGAGUGACGCUGCAAAAUAAAAACUUACC